UUCAAUUGUCAUUAUUCGUCAAAGUUGGGCAACGGACGGGUUUUUGUGAUCAGGAUGAUACGUGUUUAUUUUUGUUAUUAAUUUCAAUUAUAAUGAGAUUAACAUCGUUUGCUCUCUGAAACUAUAGUGUACUAGUGCGUUGUUGUUACUUUUUGCUCAGUGCAGUGUUGUGAACAUCAAUGGCUUCUACGCCGAAGCAAGUGAACGGAUCAAACGGUGGCCCCUUGGGAAAGCGGAAGAAGUCGCGGGGGAGCAAGGGCUCGUAUCUUUCAAAGUGGUUAGACAAGACUUUACAUCACAUACAAGACUCUACUCCAAGCAUGGAUACGUACGAGACUUACGUCAAUCCUAAUUUGAAUUUUCCGUUGGUUAGUUCUCAAUUCGCGCCUGGCUUCGACCAAUAUCGGUACAUGUAUGGAUGUGCGGAGCCGAUGUCGCUUCCCACGCUUCCUAGUUAUUGCAGUCCUGCAGUUCCACCUCUGUAUAAUCACGAGUACCGGUAUACACAAAGCGUGAACAAGAGUAUCCAGGUGCAGAGGCCAAGAAUGCGGAGACGAAGCGAAAACAAGGCUGAGGAAGUGCACAGCACGCCAAAUAGUACACUGAGCAAUACAAAUUAUCUCCAACCAAAGAACUUCACGGAUAGUCAAGACUUUGCCAGCUUGCCGCCGAUAGUUACGUCAGUCGCCGACACGAAUUCGAACAGCGAUAUGAAUACUAAUGACAAAGAUGAUGGGAGUAACGCCAGAAGGUUCAGUGAUCCCUGUGUGAGAGGGCUGCCCGAUGUAGCCAGGCCUGCAAACGGUGAAGUUGAGUCUGACUCCGAGUCAAGCUCUGACUUGUCUGGCAGCCAAGUUGGCAGUAGACUUCUGACUCAUCUCCUUGAUCAGAUAAAAAGCCUAAAAUUUGCCAACAAUAGACUAAGCAAAGACUUAUUGGAGACGAAAGUGGAACUGGACAAUGUUCGCCAGCAGAAUAUGAUCCUGCAAAAAGGUUCCAGUUCAAGUUUAGGUGCAAACCACUCACCUUUAAAUGAUACCCGUAUGCUCGGCGGGCAGUACUCGCCCGGGUUCCUGUCGGAGCUGGUGCGCGAGAUACGGGACGCGGCGCGCGUGCGCGAGGAGGCAGUGUACUCGCGGGUGCGAGCGAUGGUACACGAGAGGACAGACAAUAAUCAUGCAACGUCCGAAGCCAAGUUCGCGGAGCAGGCUCUUGAAGAAAUCAAGAGCUCGCUCCGCGCGUCCGAGGCCGACCGGCGCCGCAUGAUGGAUCGCAUCGGCAAACUCGAGGACGAAUUGCGCCUCCUCAGGUUGACAAGCAUAGAAGCCAACGAGACGAAAGCGACGAACGGCAUCGAAGACGCGGAGACGCACCGCAUGCGCAAAGACCUGGCCGACCUGCGCAAGGAAAUGGCGGACAUGCGGAAGGCGAAGCAGAACGCCGAGGAGCACGCUCUCAAGUUGGAGCGCCUCGUGACGCAACUACGCUCGAAAUUCAACGGUCUAGCAGUCACCAGCGGUCCGGAAUCUUUACCCAGCGACGCGGAACACGAACCCGGGACUCGGGCUCGAAGGACCAGCAACAACUCGGCGAAUAACUCGGCGGUCCUCUUCGGACCUGUUACGGAUUUGUAGCGAACGAACCUGCGACACUUCGCUGUGAUAGUCGCCGCUGAGAUCGUGUGGUCGACCCUCUGUGGGCUUGUUUGAGAACUCUUUUUGUGUACUUCUGAAAGGACAUCACCUUUUUCACGUUUGUAUUACGUAAUGUGGUUAUGGUAGCUGCUGAGACAGUGAACAAGAGAACUUAUAAUUAUUUAGUGUUCUUUUAGAAGGACAAUACAAUUAAGACUAUCCUAACGCUCAGUAAUUCAAUGUAGAGUUUGAAAUCAAAGCUUGCAGAAUUAAAAGCGAGCUAUUAGAGAUAAAUAGUCCGCUGUAGUCAAUCAAUUAGCUUUCAUAAAAUUUACUAAUCAUAUCGCGCUUCCCAUUAUGUACGAAAUUGUAGUUCUAAAUGAAGGACCAACUAAGGUUAAAAGCUUACCCUCUGUUUCAUAUUGCAUAACUGUAUAUUGAACGUCCUAAAUAAAGGACUAGCAUAAAUAGGCGCUGGCUAAGAUUUUAUUGACAUUAUUUUUAUUACUCAUUGUUAUUAAAAUAUCACAUUAUACACACUCGUAAAAUAAACAUAAUAUCUAGGUGUAUACAAUAUACACUGUCCAUCCUUAUUGAAGAACUGAUUAAACUGUACGUUAUUUAUGGCUUCAUAAAUUAUAGCUCCAUAGUUUUCUAAAUAAUGGUCACAAAAUACUGUUACUCAUCCCAACUAAUAUUAUAAAUGCGAAAGUAACUCUGUCUGUCUGUCUGUCUGUCUGUCUGUCUGUCUGUUACGCUUUCCCGCUUAAAUCUCGCAACCGAUUUUGAUGAAAUUUGGCAUAGAGAUAGUUUGAGUCCCGGGAAAGAACAUAGGAUAGUUUUUAUCCCGGUUUUUGAAACAGGGACGCGCGCGAUAAAGUUUUUCUGUGACAGACAAAAUUCCACGCGGGCGAAGCCGCGGGCGGA